UCUGUGUCUAUAUAUAAGAGGACCAAUCCCUUGCAAACAUUCAACAAAUUUAACAAAACCGAUGAGGGACGCCAUGUCUAGAUUCUUCCAGUUCUUGUUUCUCUUCUCCUUCUUCAAGCGUCUGCUUCAUUGGGCAGCUUCAGAUUCUGUCUACGACAGCUUUCUCCAAUGCCUAAAUACCAAAACGAACUCAUCAAACACAACCCAGUUGUCCAGCAUAGUGUAUGCCCAGAACAACCCUUCAUACACACCAAUUUUACAAGCCUACAUCAGAAACUCCAGGUUCAACAGAACCUCCACCCCAAAGCCAAUCCUUGUCGUCACACCCUUAACCGAAUCCCAUGUCCAGGCCUCCGUCCUUUGUGCCAAGCUCGCCGGCGUACAGCUCAAAAUCCGAAGCGGCGGCCACGAUUACGAGGGUAUUUCGUACUGGUCUAGCCAGACAUUUAUUGUUCUUGACAUGUUUAAUCUCAGGUCGAUCACGGUGAACAUUGAGGACAACUCCGUUUGGGCUCAGACCGGCGCCACGCUCGGAGAAUUGUACUAUAGGAUUUGGGAGAAGAGCAAAGUUCACGCGUUUCCGGCGGGGAUUUGCCAACUAGUUGGUGUUGGUGGACACAUAAGUGGCGGCGGAUAUGGUAACUUGCUUAGGAAGUAUGGCCUGGCUGUCGACAAUGUCCUUGAUGCUCAGAUUGUCAAUGCGAACGGGGAACUUCUCGAUCGAAAAUCGAUGGGAGAAGACUUGUUUUGGGCUAUUAAAGGAGGAGGUGGUGGAAGCUUUGGAGUCAUUAUUUCGUACAAAUUGAAGUUGGUUUCUGUCCCGGAAGUUGUUACAAUUUUUCGGGUCGAGAAAACGUUGGAAGAGGAUGCAACCUCCCUCGUUUUGCGGUGGCAGGAGGUGGCGCCGACUACGGAUGAUGGGUUGUUCUUGAGGCUGUUGUUGCAGCCUGUGAGUUCUAAAGUGAAGAAGGGUGAAAAGACUGUUAGAGCUUCAGUUUUGGCUGAGUUUCUAGGCAAUGGCGAUCAACUUGUGACAUUGUUGGGAAAGGAGUUUCCUGAAUUGGGGUUAACGAAGGAAAAUUGUACCGAGACGAGCUGGAUUGAAUCUGUCCUCUGGUGGGCGAAUUUCGACAUUGGUACCUCUCCGGAAGCGUUGCUUGACAGAAUGCCAAACGAUGCAAAUUUCUUGAAGAGGAAGUCUGAUUAUGUCCAAACCCCAAUUUCAAAAGACGGGUUAGAGUGGCUAUGGAAGAAAAUGAUCGAGCUAGGGAAAACAGGACUUGUUUUCAAUCCGUACGGCGGGGAAAUGAGCCGGAUUGCGCCAUCCGAGACGCCUUUUCCCCACCGUGCCGGAAACUUGUUCAAAAUUCAGUACUCCGUGAACUGGGAGGAUGCAGGGGAGGACUUGGAGAAGAACUACACCACAGAAAGCAAAAGGCUUUUCAGUUACAUGACCCCAUUUGUGUCAAAGAAUCCAAGAAGUGCUUUUUUGAACUAUAGGGACCUUGACAUUGGUGCUAGUUCAAACGGGAGCUCCACAUAUGAAGAAGGAAAGGUAUAUGGGGUGAAGUAUUUCAAUGACAAUUUUGAUAGGUUGGUGAAGGUGAAGACCGUCGAUCCCGAAAAUUUCUUCUACAACGAGCAAAGCAUCCCAAUUCUUCCAAGUUCACAUACAGAUGUGAAUGGCGGAUCAAAUUCCAAGAUACCAACGGGGAAGCUACUCAGUUUACUGGUAUACUUGCUUGUUGGAGAAACGCAGAUUCUUGGAUAAUUCAACGCUAAAACCAGUUAGCACUACUCCUCUCCAUGAAUCUCAUGUUUAAGUAGCAGUUUUUUGCUCCAAGAAACAUGGCACAGAGAUGAGAUUCCGAAGUGGGGAUCAUGACCACGGGGGCCUUUCUGCUUCUAAGCUCUUCAUCAUCAUUGAUCUUUUCAAUCUACAGUCCAUCCAUAUUGACAUAGGGAAGGAGAGUACAUACUUUGCACGGAUUAAGCUAGGUGCUACUCUCGGAGAGUUGUGUUAUAAAAUUGCACGAAAGAGUAAGGCGCUACUCGGGAAUAUAUGGAUUCCAGUACUUGCUCACUUGGGAUGAUGACCAAGAAACUGAGAACUUAUUAGAUGGAUGACAAGGGUGUAUGUGUAGAGUGGCGCCAAAUGUUUCGAAGUCCCCAAGAGCUGCGUAUUUGAACUAUAGGGAUCUUCAGUUGGGGAAGAACAAUGCUUGUAAUACAAGCUAUGGACAAGCAAGCAUCUGGGGCUUGCAGUAUUUUAAGAGUGACUUAAGAGACUUGUUUAUGGGAAGGCCUUAGUUGAUUCUGGUAAUUUGUUUAGAAAUGAACAAGUAUCCUUGUGUUCCCAUCAGGGAAAGUAGAAUAUUAAAUAGAUUGGUUGGGCUUUUUGUUCAUCUUUCAAGCACAUGUCAACUAACGAUAGAUAUUAGGCAGCCUCAACCAACGUUUACAAGUUCCUAACUUUGCUUGUAUCUCAAUAAAAGAAUUAUAACCUUCUUUAAAUAAAUGGAAAUUGUUUUCGACG